AUGGGGCUUCACAAAACCCGGCUGGUCUAUUCCUGGGUUCAAGAUACUUUGAGUGAGAAGCUUCUCGUCGUUGCUUUUCAUAUUUUGGUUUUCGGCCUCAGUAUCAUAGUGCUGCGCCGUCUUUGUUUUCAUUCAUUGGCAAGGAUACCAGGGCCCCGUCUUGCCGCAUUGACAGAUCUCUAUGCAUUCUACUUCAAUUUUAUCCGGGGAGAUGGCUACUCCAAACGAUUCCAGGAGCUCCACGCCAAGUACAACUCACCUAUUAUACGCAUUGGACCGAACCAUGUCCAUCUCAACGAUCCGGAGUUUUUUGAAGAGGUCUUCUGCGUCGGGUCCAAAUAUGCGAAAGAUCCUUCAUUUUACCAACACUUCGGCGGGCUGGACAGUAUGGUUGAUCCUCAGGACUACCGCACCUACCGAAGCCAUAUAGCCCCGUUAUACUCGGCCAGGUCGGCAGAUGAGCUGGCGCCUAGUGUUCUCAAUGAGUUGCAGGAAAUUGCAGCUCGACUUCGACGACAUCUAAGCAUGGAUGAGCCCGUGAAUAUUCUGCAGGUCUUUCGCACCUUAAGUGCCGAUAUAGUUCUUCGGAUACUCUUCUCCCAAGAUGUUAAUCUGUUCGACUGUGAGACAUACCAUCCAUUUUUGGUGGCAUUAGAUACGGUUAUGAACAAAACCUGGUUGAUUCUCACUUAUCCGGCCGCGGCUAGUCUACUGGGCCUAGUUCCCGGCUCUAGCUACAGGGCUUUUGGGUCGGCGUUUGAAACAUUCACCAAGUACUGUGAAGAAUGGGCGGCCAACGAUGUCCGGUUGGCUAAGCAAGGGGAUCAACCUCAGCGGGACUCUCACAUGAAGCGCUACGCGCAGAUUGACCCAGCGGACAAGAAGAAAGUCCGGGCCGUCUUACAUCCCUUGAAAGACAUUUUCAACUUUAUCGCCGGCGGCAGUGAUACCACGGCAUAUUCUACCACCUGUGCAGUGCACUACCUUUUGACUUCACCGGAGGCACUGUCUAAGCUGCAGGCCGAGCUUGAUGAGGCGGCUCCAUUUAUCCGUGACCACUUUGAUCACAACAAAAUUGCCACCCUUCCCUACUUGGGUGCUGUCGUGAAGGAGGCACUCCGGCUAUCGAGCCCCGUGCCAGGAUGCCUACCACGUCUUGUCCCCGAGCCGGGGACAAAAUGUGGCACGAUCUUUCUUCCGCCUGGUACCACCGUAUCUGUUAGUCUGUUGAGCAUUCAGCAGAAUGAACACAUCUUCCGUGAUCCCCAGGCGUUUCUCCCGGAGAGAUGGCUAGGAGAAGACGCAGCAGCCACAAGAAAGUGGAACGUUGCCUUUAGCAGGGGUCCUCGUCAAUGCAUUGGGGUAAAUAUUGCCUACCUGGAGCUCCAUGCUUGUCUUGCGUAUCUAUUCUCCCACUUUGAGUUUGCUUUGUCCGAUACGACCGAUACGGAUUUGAAAUGGGUCGAUCGCUUUGUUGCACACAAUACAAAAGACGUCAUGAUCAGGGUUGUCGGAGACAGACAGUCCUUUCUCCCGUACUGGCUGCUCAACGGCUGCGCAGCUCGGGGGUGGAUUUUCGUCACACCUGACUAUCGCCUUCUGCCCGAAGUGACAGCGCACGAAGCCGUGGCCGAUGCCUUGGAUGCAUACCUGUGGAUCCGACAGUCCCUAGCGUCCGCACUGAACAUCUCCAUCGGACCCGUGAUCUCCGCCGGGUCCAGCGCCGGGGCAUACCUCGCUCUGACAAGUGCCUCUCUGGCAGCCCCGAGUCACAAGCCCGACGCCUUGCUUUUCCUCUACGGGAUUUUGGAUCCGCUCCACGAGCGAUACAACCAGCCUGUGGGCAACUUCUUCGGGAUGUCACCUAUCGACAGCCAGCCCUUCUUCGACGAGUGGGAAGAGGGCCAGCGCAAAGCAGCAACAGAUGGCAAACCCUCUCAGGCGCUCUCCGGGUACCCGAUCCCCCAGAACCCGAGCGCGGACGUACGCAUGGGCUUGAUCGCUGCCCUGCAUUGCAUGGCACGGUUGCCGGACUACAUGGCCGGGAUCCCGGGUCUCGGCAGCAAGAUCCGCGGCAAUUAUAACGACAAGAACAGCAGCGGUGGCGACGGCAGCGGCAGUAACGCGAAAAGUGUAAUGGUGGAUCUCGUGCCAGAGAAGGCUCGAGAGCUGUUUGCCAUCGCGCUUGGGCGUGUGGCAGGCCUCCCGAGAACGGCCGUGCUUCAUGGCCGGAAUGAUGCGGCCGUGCCGUUCGCUGUCAGCCAGUCCGCGACAGAGACCCUGCGCCAACUCGGCGUGGCCGUUCACACCGAGUUCCCCGACGACGCGCCCCACGGGUUCGACGCAAUGGUUGGCAAUGUUGACAUCGAGCAAUCCAAAGAGCCCUCUCUAGAUACACCGGCUUUUGAUGGCCUGCGAGGAGUCCUGCGCUGGUUGGACACGGUGGUGGUGUUUUGA